AUGGUCUUAUUGAAGGUAGUUCACGACGGUGAGCUUAAAACAUGGUGGUUCUACGUUACCAAGCAUCUCUCCCAUGCGGUCAUCUGCGGCAUGGACCUCUUGCGUGGUCUUAGCUUCACGUUGAAGAUGUCACCAGGAUCUCAAGAGGUCUCAACGAAUGCCGAGCAGGGUGAGGUUGGCUGUACCUUCACUUCGAUAGUGACUACAUUGAACACCAUUUCGCAACGGUCUGAGGUUAACUCGAGGGACUUUGGCCAGGAUACUGUGCUCUGCUCAUCGGAGAAACCGGUACAAUUGUUAGCAGACGAUACUCUGGUCGACAUCGUCCCGGACAUCUCUAGUCUGCCAAACUCGCAUCCUGAACCAAUACAGCGGCACGUCCAUCGCAUUCCAUGGGUGAGCGAGGCGAGGCCCAACCGUAGCCGGUCUCUUAGACGUGCGAAGCAGAUGUCGAGGAAGCUUGAAGAGAAGCUGAGGAAGGACCCAGUGGCGUACCGACAAUGCUGUGAGCAGAUCGACAUGUUGGUGAAGCGUGGGUUCGCAAGACCGGCAUCCGAGGACGAGAUCAAUCAUGCUUACGGACUAUUGGUGGUUCGUCGAGCUUCUUCGUCCACGACGCCUAUGCGUGUG